CAAAAACAACAACGGGUUCCAAAUUUUCCAUCUUAUAAACCAAUAUGUACGGAAUACAGCGGAAUUUUAGCAUCUCUGGUAAUCGGUAUGAUUUUUUCGACGAGCCGAACCCGCUGGAUCUGUCGAAAGACCCAGCCGAGAAUAUGCAUGAAGUACUGCAACAGAUAACGAGUAAAGAAGAUAUGUCCACUACCAAGAGAAUGGGAUGUGUCAAUAACUUUACUAAGCUGAUUCAACAUGUUGAUGAAAAAGCCAAUCUUGGAUUUUCCUACGAAGACAUUAUCGUUUGCUUAAAAGUACCAUUGACAAUGAGUGCUAAAGAAGUAAGGGCUGCUGGUCUGAGGGCACUGCGUCAUUUAUUUACUGAUGAAUCAAAAUUCUUAACCAUGUUGAAACUCAGAAUAGAUCUGUUUGUCGUAAGGUCUAUGGACAAUAACCAAGCCUAUGAAGUAGAACGUGUCCAAGCACUCCGGUUCAUUCGCAAGGUUGUAGCGAUAUGUCCAAGGUCCUGUCCUAUGUCACUGGCAGCAACCCUGGUAUCUACAGGUUCAGACGACACAGAAGAAGCUGAUAGGCUUAAAAGAGCUUGUUUGGCUACUUUAUGUGAAUUAGCUCUGAAGAACACACCAUUAGUAUCAUUUGCUGGUGGUAUUCAAGCUAUUGCAAGGAAUGUUCUGGAUUGUCAGAUGCCGAGGUUGAACGAGUCGUUAGUGGUUACCCUGUUGUAUUUAGUGAAUAAUGCAAAAACAAGACCCUUUGUGCCAAUAAAUGUUGGGCUUGAGGCAAUCUUGGCUCCAUUUACAGAUCUUCAUUACAGACACAGCGCAGACACCCCAGAAUCACAAUUAAAGGAAGACAAAGAUGGCCGUCUGUUGGCCAGUAAGAUGGCUCUGAUUACUGUUUUCAGAACUUGGUCAGGGAUCAUCAGCUUCUGUAAACCUGAUGGUAAAGGUUUGCAGUCCAUGUUGGGCGUAUUUUGUCUUCAAAAUUCCGAUGUUAGGAAAGGAAUCAUGGAUAUUAUAUCACAGAUCUUUAGGAUCAAAGAACCAGAAUGGACGGAUGACUUUAAUGUCGCUUUGUUAAGUGUUGACCCAUCACAAAUGAAGGAAUCUUGGAAACUUUCUGAGGGGUUCGUUGCACAGGAAGGGCUAGAACUGCUUCCAAGGGCUACAAGAGCAACAGCAAGGACAAACCUUGUGAACAACUACACAGCUCUUGUAUUAUCAGCCUUCAUGAAUGCUGGACUGUUUGAGAGCCUUGUAGAGGUGAUAACAUCAUCAGACUGCUUCAUCUCAGUCAGAGCAACAAUAUUGCUUGGAGAACUGUUGCAUUUGGCCAAUACUUUACUUCCCCCAGAAUGCAGUAGUCACUCUCAUUGUUUACCAACCCUUGUUAACACAGCCACAUCAUUUGAAGUCUCUGCUGCAGAGAGAGGCCGUGCAAGUGCUGCCGUCAAUUGUUUAGAUCGCCUGCAUCAAAUGAAGAAAAGAGGACCAGUACCCUGUAGUUUGUACCUUGACCAAAUUGUUAUGCAGACUCGUGCCCUAGAACCCAAGAUAAAACUAGACAAGUUACAAAAAGAUAGGUUAUUACAGUGUAUCAACAAGCAAGAUUUAGAGGAACCAUAUCUUGUGGCAAUCAGAGAUUCUCAGGUGACAAUGGAGAAGGACUUUAGGAACUGGGACUGGGAUCUGAUAGAAGCAUCACUGCAGUCUCCUUUCAUGUCACUGAAGAGAUUAGAAGAAAUUUCCAAUCAGAAGUUCAUACGAAGUCUUCUAAACUUCUUCAAGCCUACAUGUCAGCAAUUUUGUACGGUCAAGUUAUCAGACCCUCAAUCCAAAGCCUUCUCUCGUGUUGGGCUUCUACUGAUUGACUUUCUGCUGGACCCAGAUGAUGUCAUGCUUGUUGGGUCUAAUAUACUCCAGGAACUGGUGCAGGAAAUUGCAGAGUGUCUACAACAGGUUUUAUCUCCUAACGUGUCUAAUGGUGUUCUCAGUGACAACAACCUUCAUACUUAUUUGAGCAGAGAUUAUUUCUUGUUUCUUGGUAAACUGUCAAGCUCAAAGGUGGGCUCUAAGCUGCUGGAGAAGACAGGAAUCUUUCAAUAUCUCCUUGACAUUUCCUCCUCAUCACACGAGAAUCUUCUCAAGCUAAUCGUAUCAAGCCUGGAUUACAGAGAGAGUGGAAUCUCCAGGAUCAUUCUAUCUAAGAUACUAACUGCUUCAAAUUUUCACUCAAGGUUAUAUGCUACCAGCCAUAUGCGAGUCUUAUUAAGGUCUAAAAUUGCUUUCUUCAAUAACUGGGGUAUGGAAUUCCUUGUCACUCAACUGUAUGACACAGAUCCUCGUGUAGCGAGUGAGGCUGCCGAUGUGCUGGAUGAAGCUUGUGAAGACGAGGCUAAUCUCCAGUAUCUUGUGCAACUUCGUCCUGUUCUCUUACAUUUGGGAGAUAGAGGUAUUCGCCUCCUCACAAGAUUUGUGUCAGUAGAGCGAGGCUUUAGUUAUCUAACAUCUUUGGGUUAUCUUGAAACUUUGCUGGAUAGAUGGCGACAGGUUUGUAAAAUAAAAACUUGGUUGAAAUUGUUCUAUCAGUGUCUCAAACUGUUGUCAUCGCCGCUGCCACCUCCACAGUCAUCGAUGAUGAAUGAUAUCGAGGAGUGCGUUGGGAUUAUCAGGGACUUGGAACCUGAUUCCCGAGAGAACAUCAUUCAGAUCAAGGCGGCUUUGUGGGCUCUGGGACACUGUGGAUCUUCAAACUGGGGAAUCACGUUACUCGUAGAAGAAGACGUUAUUCCAGACAUAGUGCGCAUGGCAGAAGAAUGCGACGAUUUUGCUAUCAGAGGAACAUGUUACUAUGUCCUUGGUCUGGCCGCCAAGACCCGACAAGGUGCCGAGAUCCUGACUGAUCAAGAAUGGGUCAGCAUUCGACACAUGGGGAAUGAAGAAUGGCCUGUAGUGGAAUCCAAAGAUUUAGAGAUCCCUGCCAUGGUGUUGGCCAGUCCUACACCAUCGCCAACGUACUCCGCAUUUCAACUUGGUAAGAUCACCGAAGGCAGUGAUAACGGUAUUUAUCUUGGUGAAGAGCCGAAGAAGACUGCUGAUUCAUCCUACGAUGAACUAAGUGGAAUAUACAUCGGUGAGGAUAAGACAGCGAGUAAGAAAGUAGGCAAGGAGGAGAAGUCAGAGCCUGGUGGGAUACUGGCACGUUGGUACGCGGAUGCAGAGAGGCGCCGAAAAAUCGCGACUCGCGAAAGUGGACUCUACGACGAUGCGAGUGGAGUGUAUAUUGGGAACGAAAGAGCGCCUCAGAAAUCAUUACUCGAUCAAGAGAAUUUUGUCCCUGGUGGGAUCAUGGCAAAGCUGUACCAGGACGCUGGCCUUGGUAAGCCAAAAGAUUCAAAACACAGGAGGAAUCUUAGCGAGGGGAACUUUAGCUCCAGCACGGGGGUCUUGAAUGAAGCUGGUAAUGAAAUGGAUGCUAAAAGAAGGACUUACUCUAAUGUGGACCACACUGAACCAUUGAAUGUGGAGUUCAGUGGAAGUGGUAUGCCGAAGAUACAGAGGCAAAUGUCAGGAAUAAUGAUGAAGCACGUUCAUUCUUCGAGCGCCACAAGCGAAGACUCCUUGGGCAACGACAACAGAGAAGCCAAAGAAGGAAGCGACUCAAACCUCGAGACUCGAAACAGAUACGACAGCAGUUGUUCCGAGCUGACUGUCCCCAUAGGUCAUGGACGGACAGACAGUAACGUCAGUAGCAUCAGCGAAAACAGCAUCGACUACCAAGAUACGUCAUCCAUGGACCCCAGCUACGGAAGUAUCGGAGACUUUUACGAAUCACCCAAGGCCGAAAACCGGUUUAAAACAAGGGCUAUGGAUGAUCACCGGCUUAUCAACCCGCCACCACUCAGGCUGACCGCACGCAUGAGUAAUGACUCUGUACACACCGAAGAAGGAAAGUUAUCGCUUGAUAACGACCCAAGACGUGCGAUCCUCACCAGGCAGAGAAGCAUCAGCAUGACCGAGAAAAAACGCACGAAGUCGCCAACCCUUGCUCUCAUAGCAGAAAACAGAAGCUCCAGUUUUCAUGGAAGUACAGAGUUUAGUAAGAUAACUUCGUCGAAGCGCUCUACAAGUGGCAUGCAAUCCUCAGAAAAUUCCACAGGGAUGGACGAUGGGCUGAGUAGCACGAGUUCUAACAGUCUAGCUGAAGUGAAGAUCCUGAGUGACAAGACUAUUGUCUUUCGUACAGGGGUCGAAAAAGACAGGUCGCUGAGUUUUGAUAGUGCGCAAGUAAGUGAUCUCAGAAGGGAUCGACUUCUUGUGAGCUCUCAAGUCAGCGAACCUGAGAUGGAAAGCGGCUCUCUCAAAACGCGCAGUCGCACAAGUUCUUGCGAGAAGGCAGAACUUGCGCGUAGACUUGGACUGAAGAGUGGAGACAUUUCGCAGAGGUCUUUUGGACGGUCCAGAAGUACAAGCAGCGGCUAUGGAUCCGAAAUCUAUCAACGCAAGAAAAUCAUUAAUAAGAAUAGCCUAUUGGGUGAUACUGAACAUGUUACCGUCUCCGGGGACUCGAACAAGAAUGCGCGCUCGCUCUCAGAUGUUGGAAAGUACACGACUAUGCGGGAUGCUUCUGGAUACGUGGCUCUUAGCACACUACGUCGACAAUACAGCUUAAAUAAAGAAGCACUGGCCCCUGCAAGCAGUUAUAACCGACCUCUGUAUACUGCAGGGCCAGCCGUAACAGAUUCAACAGGUUUGACCGCACGAGAAAGUUUGAGUAGUUCUACAAGCAGUUACGAAUUCAGACAACUCGCCAGUUCUAUGGCUAGUUCAUCUGUUGGUAGAGAGUUCUUGGGCUUGUGUCUCCCGUUGAAUUUAAGCUCAUUCUUUCAGGUUGAGCAGUACGACUACCAGGGAUCAUGGGCGGAUCAUUUCAUAUCGGAUCCCACAACAAUAGGAGUCACAAACAACCCUGAAGAACCAGAUGGAAUCUCCGACGAACACGAGCCUUCGCGCUGUCUAGGGUGCAUGUAUUCAAAGCGCACUAAGUCAAUGAGUGAGAGAAGAAGAUCCAUGGACUCCAUGACUGAUCCAGACAGGAUCUCUUACAGGAGUGUGGCAGACGAAGACUUGUCUGGUGAUAGUUCUUCUACUAGUUUUGCCAGUAGUGUGACCUACUUGGGGCAAGAGAACGAAGAAGAAGCAGGAUCGAAGAACUUGGAUGAGUCUUCGCCUAGAGGGAGAGUGCUUAUUCGAAAGACGGUGCUGAGUCUUGUCGUAAAGCUGAGCAGCGCUGUUGGAUCGAAGUCUCACCAGGAGGGGCUGUUGCAGUUGAAAAGUCGUUUUCCUCACAUCUUCCAAGAUCUUUGCAUGUUCUGUGAAGUAGUAGACUUAAUGAGCGUCUACCAAUUUCGUCUGUUUAUACGAAGGUUCUUAAUACACACUCUUUUUAACGAUGUACUUUUUACUGAGAUCCAUGAACGUGCUGAUGCUAUUGCUUACGGCGGCGUAGCAGCGACGAGUGCAUCUACUUGCUAGAUAAAGGUCAUUUGGUUAAAAAACCUCCUCGCUUAGCUAAAAUAACUCUGUAAAUGGUAGUCUCAAGCAAAAAGUC